AUGGCAUCCUCCGCGUUCGAGCAGAAGCGCCAAGCCUCCUGCGAGGGACUCCUGAAGCGUCUCGUCGCCGCGCACCUCCACACCUACUUGGGCGUGUCUGUGCCUGCUCCAGGCGAGCGCCAAGAGAGGAAAACCGAGGGGGAAGACCAGGAAGCCAAGCCGCGCGCGGGCGACGACGAAGACGCAGCGAACGAAGAGAUCGUCAGAAGAAAUGCAGAAGUCGCUUUCGAGUUCGCGAAGACAAAGUGCACCUUUCACUCCUUCGGGACCAUCAACCCGGCGAGUGUGAAGGACGAGUUUUCCCAACUCCUGCUGUCUCUAGAGGCGCAACACCAAGUCGGCAAGGCCGCCGCGCUCCGCCGAUGUCUCGCCGCCUUCCUCACGCCGCCCUACGAGCCUCUGGUGCGCCACCAGGGUGCGCAUCUGCAUGCGGACCAGCGGCCGACUCCAGCGCAGAAGGCUGGGGCGAAGCGCGACGCACAGGCGCAAGAGAAGGAGGAAGAAGAAAAGAGGUGUGGGAUACUGCGCAUGCUCCUCUCUCUCGCGCAACAUCCCGUCUCCGACGCUCAAGAAGUUUUGGUCUUCGAACUGGAGCGAGACAGGGAGCGUCGGGAGACCCGCCGGACGCUCCUUGAAGAGGCGAGACGCGAGGACGAGCGCGCCGCGGAGGAGGAGCUUGAGGCGCUGCGUCGUGAGCAUCUGGAGGCGUAUCUCGAGGCGUUUUUCGAUUCCUCAGAGUCCUCAGAUGGCGACGAAAGCGUUGACCGAAAGGCCGAAGGCCCUCGCUCGUCUCCCUGGUCCCCUCAGCGGAGACGCUGCGAAGGAAGCGCCGCGGAACUCUCCCCUGAGACUGAAUCACGCCUCGCCGUUCCCUCCUCCCCGAAGGAGCACGCACCUCGAGCCCUCGAGGAGGCAACCGCCGAAACGGAAGUGAACCCGGAAGCUCGUCUCCCUGAGGCGUCUCCAGAGUUGGAGAGAAUCGCGGAGCGGUUUCUGCAUGGGCUCGUGAGUCUUCCGGCCCCGGCGUCUCGGCAAGCGCAGGGAGUCUCUGGAGAGGAUGAAGCAAUCGAACAGAGCGUCGAGAAGGAUCGAGUUGCCUCGCGGCUGCUCUCCACGGAGACGCCUCUCGCUGCCGUGUUGCCGCCUCGUCCGGCUGCGCCUCCCGCUGGUCGCGGGGCCGUGGCGUCGCGCUCUGCCCCGCCCGCUCCCUUACUGUUCACGCCGCGCUCUCGAGAGCCUCCUUUCGGCGACGCGCGAGACGCCGGAUGCGCUACGGAGGCAUGGCUCGUCCAGCACGUGCUUCUCGCGCUCUCCGGUCUCGACGCGGCUCCUGUGUUUCUUCGCUGCAACCAGAACGGCGGGAUCGCCGCCUCUCGCGCCCACCCCUCCGGUUCCUCGAGUCCGUCCUUCUCCCCUCUGGGCGUCGUGCAGCCGAAUCCGCGGCUGCCUGCCGUCGAGCAUCUCUCGCCUGCGGCUGUGACCUCAGCCCUCGGCCUCUUCUCGUUCCCUGCGUCGGCGGUCCUUCUUCUUUCUCGCUUCUCCACCGCGCUCGGGCGCCUGGCCUUCGCGCCGCUCCACUUCGCUCGCCGCGAGGGCGCCUCGCUCUCUCUCCACCACUUCCUCGAGGCGGGCGAAGACGCGCAGCCGAGCCUCCAGGGCGCACGGGCUGCGCGUCCGAGUGCCUGUCUCGACGCCACGAAGCAUGCGAUCGACGCGCUGUUCCUGCACUGGACCGCCCUGCUGUCGGAGCUCCAGCAGGCUCAAACGGCGAGCCUGCACGCCGAGGCCGCGUUCCCGUUCGGCGACCUCUCCGCGGUGGGCGCGCCGGGCGCGCUCGCGGCGUUUCGCCGCUUCGGACCCCUCCCGCCGCUCGGGCGGAACGGCGCGUGUGCGGCGGAGGCAGAUGUGCCGGGCGAGAGACGUUUCGUUUCCCAGCGGCCGCUCACGCUUCUCUCACUUUUCCUGGAGGUGCGGGAGCAUCUCCGGUGUUGGACGAGCCUGGCGGGUGCCGUCGAGAAGGCGCUGCAGGCGCUGUCGUUCCCCCCGUCUGCGGCAAGGAACUCCGCCGCUCCGUUUUCGGAUUCGCAGCCGCGCGGCAUCGCCCCGUGCACUGCCUGGCCUUUCGGAGCAGCCGAGGGCGCCGCGUUCGGCCUCGCGUUCCUCAGCGAGGGCCUCGGGCUGCUGCAGGACGCCGAGAUGGCGCGCGACGGCGUCCUGGAGCGCUUCUGGAACUUCUUUCUCUUCUUUGCGCUCCAUCCUCUGCUCCUCGCUCUCGAUCGGUGCAUGCGCUUCGGCGAAGUCCGCGGCUUUCCGACGGACAUUCGCCUGCUGCUGCAGCGGGCAAACGGCGAGGCGUUCGCGGCGCAGAGCUCGCCCGGCGGCCGCCCGGACGAAAGAGGAGGCGGCGCCGAACCGGACGAGGACGGCGAAGGAAGGCCUCGGAUUCCUGUGUUUCUGCUCGACCUCGUGACUGCGUCACAGCGAACCGGUCAGGCCGUCGCAGCAGUCCGCGAGGUGGAGCGAACGCGGGGGGGACUGUCGUCAGAGCUUUACGGGAAGAUGGAGAAGAAGCGGAACUCCCGAGACGUUCGGACGCAGGCGACGCCGCAGGCGCACUCGCCCGACCGCGGCGAUCUCAGCGACGGCGGAUCGACCCGCGGGUCUUCGAGGGACGACACGCCCGAGGAAGACAUCGACGUGAGCGAAGGGGAGGGCGAGGACAGCGAGGACGACGACGCACAACUCUGGGAGAAACUGGAGCGCGAAAACCCUUCGCUGGUGGCUGCUUCCUUCUUGAAGAAGAUCCGCAACGCAGGCAGGGGGGCCGUCGAAGAGGCCCGACACCCCCGGGCGCCGAGGUCCAGUUGUCUCGUUCAGGACUGUCAGGACGCGUCCCCGACCGGCGAGCAGGCGCGACGGCGACGGGACGAAACCGGCGAGGCAGUCGUGGCGUGUGCGAGCGUCGGAAACGAAACAGUCGACGGAAAGUUGGAAAUGCUCGUCAGGCGGCUGCGUGCCUGGGAGGUCUUCCCGUCGACCUCCGCCUCAGCCACAGAGGAGGCGUUCCGCUCGCCACACAGCCUUGCGUCGCCGACCGCCUGGAACGAGGCUGUCUCGGCGAUGGGUAAGCCGCAUUCACCGGCUCUUCUGCGCGACACGGAGGCGCUGUUUCACGCCCUCCGCCCUUCCUCGCUCUCGGCAGUGCCGCCGACGGUCGCCGCCUCGGUGUGCCUCCUCGACGUUCUCUGCGGGACGUCCCUGGGGCAGCGGCGACAGGCGACGCAGCUAAUAGACGCGCGUCUCGCGAUAAAACGCAUGGACCGCGUGCCGCCGGCCGUCUCGGGCUCUUUGCCGCUUUGCACCAAAGGACCCGUUGAGGGCGUGGCGCGAGGAGGCGAGAAGGAAGACGGAGAGGACGCGACUGUGGACGCGGAGGUGCUGAGACCCGAAGGCGUCACCAGUCUCUUUCUGCAGGCUCGCGUGCGGCCUGCGCUGCUCGCCCUGGCGAGAGAAGAAGAGGAAAACGCCGUUCUCGUCUCGCUCCACUGGACGCACAUUCUCGAGGCCGUGGCUGUGACCCGCGCCAUCGCUCUUCUCCAGGUGAAGAGCGAGAUGCGCCCGCUCUUCCGUCUCUUGUUCUCGCCAGCAGAAGCCCCGCUCGCGCACGUCGAUCCUGUCCAGUUGAACUGCGUCCUCCGGGAUCUCCUGUUAUCCCCCGCCGCUCCGAAAGCUUCGGCAACCCCUGCAAGCAGUCGCGAGGCGCCAGGCCCCGAGAGCAGACGGCUGGGACUCGGAGGCGCUCGCGCGGAAAGGAAAAGCGGAGACUGCGCUGCCUGCUCGUCGGUCUGUUCAAUCCUCCAUCGCUCGCUCUCCCGGGCACUGGGCGCCUUCCUGCGCGAGACGCGUGCGCGCCGAGACAGACAGGAAGAGAACGCGAGAUGCCCGGACUCACCAGGCAGUGAGGAGACAAGGCCGCACGAGGCGCGCGGGAAGAGGGAACGGCGUGACGCGCGUACUGAAGCCAUCUGGAACCGGAUUUUCUCCCUCGAUCGUAUGGACACUGCAGGGCGGGCUCUCGCCCUCAGCCUAACGACAGAAAACCCUCUGCUGUCCACGCCCGCGUCCGGUUCUUUGCAUUCUCGUAGAGGUGAAAGAAGCGAACGAGGCGGGGCAGAUACUCGGAGUCCACGCGUCCGACGCCCGGACGCGGAAGGGACAGAGAUCAACGAAGCGGGCGACCGCCACACGCCGCGUCUCGCGUUUGCGUAUCUGACGCUGCAGUACGCCGGGACGCCGUUUCCAGUGUCUGUACACCCGCGGUACGCCGCUCAGCACCUGCUCAGCGCCGACGUCACUUGCAUGUAUUCGGCCAUCUUUGCAUUUCUUCUCGAGCUGGAGCGCAGCGCAGGCGUGCUUUGCCGGCUGCCUGCGCCUCUCUGUUGGCUAGCUGCGUCGACAGCGAGGCGCGGGACUGGAGACAAUCGACGUGACGAAAGCGACCGCCGCACCUGCGCACAGAGAUGCGAAGACGACCUCGCCGGAGACGAGACGCCGCCGGUCGACGCGCCCACGGUGGAUGGCUUUUUGCAGGCGUUUUCGACGCGCUUUUAUCAAACUGCAGUGAAGCUGCGAGGCGAACUCUGCCAUGUUCUCUUCUCCCUACAACGGCACGUUGCCUUCGUGUGUGGCCAGCACUCUUCCCCAUCUCUCCUUCGCCGGCUUCUUGCCUGUCGCUCGCUCGACGAAAUGACCCAUGCACACUUGCUGGAUCUCCGUCUCCUUCUCGCGCUUCUUCUUGUCCCAGUCCACGGCCCCGCGCUCUCCUCGCCGAUGCCUUCCUCUUCUCCCUCUGCGUCAGCCGACCUCCCGGGUUCCACUGUGUCUUUUCAGUUGAACGAGGCGGUUGCGCCGCAUGUGCUGCUGCUUCUUCGCGCGCCGUGCGAUUUGCAGCGAUUGGUGAGAGAGGCGCAGGCCGCAGUGAACGGGGGCGGUGACGCGGGUCCAGAAGCGCACCGAGACGAAGAGACUCCCGACGACGCUCUGCGGUGGCGAAAAAACAGAGGAAGGCUACCCGCGUGCGGCGCCCGCGCCUCCGCGCCCCGGCACGCAGCAGAGCCUUCGCAACAUCACUCGAUCAAACAAACUGAGGCAGUUUCUCCUUUGCUGCCAGAAACCGAGCGAAGCGAGAGGCAAACCUCCGAGCUCAAGGCGCAGCUCGACGCAUGCAUGCAGUCUCUGGAAGCGCUGCACUUCAACGUCAGGCGGGCUGCGCUGUGUCUCCUGGCGCUCUUGCGCACGGCUGUUUUCUCCUCGCCGACGAUGAUUCUCGAGUCGUGUCCCCUCACAGACAUUGUUGAUCGCGACGUCUUCUCUGUCUCCGCCGUGCUCUUUGGAAAGAUUGCUGCGGAGUGUAUGAGUUCGUCCGAGCCCGCGAGAAGCUCUCAGGAGGCAAGCGUGCGCCCUGUGCAGAAUCCCCCCUUUGAGGGCGGCACGGAAGUCGGCGUGUGCCAAGAGGUAGCCUGUGGUCUGCGCCUUCUUUACUCCAUGCUCGAUUUCAGCAAUUUCUACUCCGCCACAUUGGACGCCCUUGCCUGCGAAGAGUACGAGACACGCGGGGGCUUUCUGGGCCAGUUUUAA